CACGUAGCAGUGGGCGGGAGAAGAUGGAAUCGGAUCUCACGCUACGACGUUUCCAACUACCGGUCAGACAGGGAGUUGGAGGAUGAGCAUUACGUUCCAAAUAUGGUGUAAUUCCUACGCAUUGGAGCAAAACCUUCAACGACUGUUAGGCGGUAACGCCUCCUCCAUCUCCAUCCAUUCCCGUAAAACUCACAAAAAUCGACCUCUCUCUCUCUCUCUCUCUCUCAGCCAACCCGAAAUUACAGAGAAAACCCUAGAUUUUUAGUAUAAACAUUCCUAUCUAAACCUUCCUUGCGUCAAUGUCCUCCGACUCCAGCUCCUCAACCUCCGGCGACGACACCAAAAGUGGGCAACAUACCCCCCAACCACUCGAACAUCAAUUUGCAUCGGUGGCAUUGAGUGAAGCACCGGCAACGCAGGAGGAGUCCCUUAACGGGGAGGGCCAUCACCGAACCGAAACCGAGAUCAAUGAACGAGAAGGAAUUGUUGGUGGUUUCGAGCAAAGAGUUGACGACAAAUUUGAGGUUGAUGAGGUGGGACAGAGUGUCGAGCAUGGCGUGAUGUGGAGGAGGACGAAUUCAGAGCUGGAAGUCGAUGGGCAGUCGAGCCCGAGUAGCAGUGGCUAUGCCGGUGAAAGGGGCAGUACCAGUGCCAGCAGUGCUGCGUCAGGGAUUGACGGGAUUGUCGAGGAUGAGAUACAGCAUGUGAGGAAUGAUGAUUUAGUCGAUGGGUUUUCGGAUUUGUCGUCAUCUUGGGUGCCCGGCAAACGGCACCUCGAUGAGGAUGAUGCUUCCAUAUCAUGGAGAAAAAGGAAGAAGCACUUUUUUAUUCUAAGUAACUCAGGCAAACCAAUAUAUUCCAGAUAUGGAGAUGAACACAAGCUAGCAGGAUUUUCAGCAACGUUGCAGGCCAUUAUUUCCUUUGUGGAGAAUGGGGGGGACCAUGUCAAAUCGGUCAGGGCAGGAAAACACCAGGUGAUUUUUCUUGUGAAGGGACCCAUAUACUUAGUUUGCAUUAGCUGUACAGAGGAGCCUUAUGAGUCAUUGAGGGGACAGCUGGAGCUAAUUUAUGGUCAGAUGAUUCUUAUUUUGACAAAGUCGGUAAAUAGGUGUUUUGCAAAGAAUCCGAAGUUUGAUAUGACACCCUUGCUUGGAGGAACUGAUGUUGUCUUCUCAUCUUUAAUCCAUUCUUUCAGUUGGAAUCCAGCAACAUUUCUUCACGCAUACACAUGUCUUCCCCUGGCUUAUGCAACAAGGCAAGCUGCAAGUGCUAUAUUACAAGAUGUUGCCGAUUCAGGUGUUCUAUUUGCAAUAUUAAUGUGCAAGCACAAGGUUAUCAGUCUUGUUGGUGCUCAAAAAGCUUCGCUUCAUCCUGAUGACAUGCUACUACUUGCCAACUUUGUUAUGUCAUCAGAAUCAUUUAGGACUUCUGAAUCUUUUUCACCAAUUUGCCUGCCAAGAUAUAAUCCCAUGGCAUUUUUGUAUGCUUAUGUGCAUUACUUUGAUGUUGACACAUACUUGAUUUUGCUUACUACAAGUUCAGAUGCCUUUUAUCAUCUUAAGGAUUGCAGGAUUCGUAUUGAAGUGGUCCUUUUGAAGUCAAAUGUUCUCAGUGAAGUUCAGAGGUCCAUGCUAGAUGGUGGGAUGCAUGUCGAGGAUUUGCCUGUCGAUCCGUUGCCUCGUUAUGGAUCUUUAUCUUCACAUCUGGGCCAACCUACUGAUUCUCCUGAGAGAUUCAGAGAAUUUACGGGCAUUGGAGGUCCAGCAGGACUUUGGCAUUUCAUGUAUCGCAGUAUAUUUCUAGAUCAAUAUGUAUCUUCAGAUUUCUCACCACCUAUUAAUAAUCCACGACAGCAAAAGAGAUUAUACAGAGCUUACCAUAAACUUUAUGCUUCUAUGCAUAAUACAGGAGUUGGUCCCUACAAAACUCAGUUUAGAAGAGAUGAAAAUUAUGUUCUACUCUGUUGGGCCACCCAGGAUUUUGAACUAUAUGCGGCCUUUGAUCCACUUGCAGAGAAGGCAUUAGCUAUAAAGACUUGCACCCGGAUUUCCCAAUGGGUGAAAGAUGUGGAAAAUGAAAUAUUUUUGCUUGGAGCAAGCCCCUUUUCAUGGUGAUGCCGAUCACUCUCUAAUACAGCAUGUACUAUAGUUAUUGUUUUAUUUAAUAGUACCCCAGAAAUUGUUUUCCCACACGCUUUCAUUAGGAUGAUGAUGAUGAUGAUGAUGAUGAUGAUGAUAGUGAUCUUCCAAUUUGUUAAGUAACCCUUCAGAGGAUUUCGUACUCAUAAUCAUUUUGUAAUAGCAGUGAUAUAUCUUCUACUAAUAAUACAACGAAAAUAUACAGAUCAAUAGAAGGUAUUUGGUACAA